AGAGACUUAUUCUGUGGCUGUCGUUAACCUCAAAUCCGUGUUGUCGAAAUUAUUGCAACAAGAGCCAUGGCUGGAAGUCGUUUGGAGAAAAUAGGAACCAUUUAUACUAGAGUUAGUGGUUUAAUUCAGUCUGGUGCUUUGAAUUGGCAAGACAGACCACUUUGGUUUGAUAUUUAUAAAGCGUUUCCACCAAAAGAAGAACCACAGUUUGAUAGACCUGUGCCAAAUAUGAAGCUAAAGAAAAUUUUUUAUGAGGAGGACCGCAUUCGAGCGAUAUUUCAUCGCAAUAAUAAGCAAAUUGGCACCAUAAAUUUGAAUUCUGACCAAGAAUCUCUCACCCAAAAAUUUAUAAAUGUUUACAGUCAACUGGAAAAUAAAUAUUCGGCUGAUGCAUCUGAAGAACACAUAUAUAAAGAAGCAAUAGAUAUCUUGAACCGUGAUAGAGAAGUAAGCCAGGAAAAUGAUUCUGUUAGUGAAGAAGAGCCUAUUAGUUUAAGUUCAGCAUUUAAAGAAGCUCAGAACAAACAUCUAGUUCAAAGUGAAAUAAAAGUCUCUGUUAAAGAUAUUUUUAAGGACUAAAUUGAAUUAGUUUUGACAGUUUAUCAAGAAAAAUAGUACCUUAUGCUAAAUAAAUCUAUUCCCAUUUUGGUUAACACAUAAAAGAGUGUUAGUAUUGACGAUAAUUAAUCCAAUAAAUUUGUGAUAUAAUUGAUUUUAAUCUGUUAAUAACUACUCACUAUUAAUUUGUUUUAAUUCCCCUUUAUUUAGCUACUGUUUCAUAAUUCAAUUCAGGCAGUUACAACUAGGUUUUAAUCCAUUUUAAACAAAUUGAUAACAAUAAAAAUAUCCAAGGACCCCUGUGGAAAUUGAGCCCACACCUCUGACAAUUUUUUAGGUUCAUAAAUAUAUAUACCGAAAAUCUCAAAUACUAUAACAUAUCCCAAAGUUUUUUUCUUUUUCAAAAUAUUCGUAAUAAUGGGCAAGUCUCCUAGAGAGAUCGAGAAUUAUACUUUAUUGGUAACUAAUCACUAUUGAACUUUGACUUAAUAAACUGAUAAUAAGUAAA